CCCAUUUUUUUUUUUUCUUUUUUUUCUUUCUUGCGCUCUCACUCACGGUGGAAACUUCAAGUGUUCUUAGUUGCCUUCAUUGCGUCUUCAUUGCCCUUGUUUUACUUCUUCGUGUUCUUGGCGCCCAGGGUUUGGCCGGAUCGAUCGGUCGGGCGGAUCGGCGGCGGCGGCUGGAGCGCCCCGAAAUAUCGAUGCUGGAUCCCUCCCGACGCCAGCGCCGGGGCGAUUGCGCGUCCAGAAGAGGUACCGCUGCUCUCACUCGCGAUCGAUCGAUACGCGCCGCGCGGGCGCGGAUUCGAGCGGCGCCGUCGCGAGAAUCGAGGUAUUUCGGGGUCCUUUUCGCCUCCUCUCUAGCUCUGAUGCGACUGUCGGUGCCUCGUCGGGGAUGAUUGGCAGCGGCAGCACUGGCAUGCUUGGCUCGGCUCGAGCAUUCGAUGUGGAAGAUCUGUGGGACUUAGGUUGCUGCUGGGAUCCACUCGCUCCAAUGGGCCCGCCAAGAACGACUACUCGGCUUCGUCAACAGCCCCCGCUGGCAGUGAGCGCUACUCCCUCGACUUCGUCUUCUUCGUGGCAUCUACACGAGACACGAUCCCAGGGGCUUCGCGGGCUAUAGGAAGGCACAAAGGGGUCAGUAUGUUGGGAUCCUCCACCUUUAUUGCUUCUAGCCAAGAGGGGGAUUGGCCGGGCAGUGGGUUUCUAGUAGCAGGCUUGGACAGAGGAGUGGGAGGCUACUCGAGGAGGAGAAUGUGAUGGGCAACAGUGUGUCGCGAGUGGUUUGCUGCUUCGUUCCCAAGAGCCAGCACGAUGCAGUGGCGGCACUAUUCACGGAUCCGCUGGAUGAGGGGCUGGGCCAUUCCUUUUGCUACGUCCGGCCCGUGGUGGAUUCCCUCGAAGACUUGUCGCCCGGCGAAGCUGGGGAUGCCGAAUUCAAUCAUGAGUCGAGCAGCAUUGGAUCGGACACUCAAGGUCAAGACCCACUACAGCAGCAGCUCCAGCAGCACCAGGAAUCUGGAACCGAGAAGUCCAAGAGCAUCUCGGAGACUUCCUUCAAGAGCAUCUCGGGGGCUUCCGUGAGUGCCAAUACAGCGGCUCCGCGCUCGAUCGUCUACCACGAACAGUUUAACAAUUGUUUCGCCAACGAGCGGGCAGCGACCUUCGAGAGCACGCCGUCGUUCAGUGCUCUCCCGUUGCAGCCUAUCCCGCGGGGGGUCUCGUUCUCGGGGCCUAUGUCGGGGCCUCUGUCUGGACCGUGCUCGGGUCCUCUCGAAAGGGGAGGAUUUGUCUCGGCGUCGGGUCCUCUUGAGCGGGGAUUCAUGUCGGGUCCGAUAGAGCGGGGGUUCAUGUCCGGCCCUCUGGACAGGGCUUACAACUCUGGCCCGUUUGAGCCGGUCGACCGCACCACCUUCUCGGCUCCACUGGCGGUUCCAAUGUCGGCUUACAUGAGAAAGCGCAGGAAAUCCCUGGCGAGGAUCAUGAAGACGGUUGGGGAUCCCGUGAAGAAGGCUCUCACGAGAACAGUUUCGAAUUUGACACGCACGAACAGGUCAGUGGUGGCGCCUAUGAAGAGCUUCGCGUCCAGGGAGACAAGAACAGGUAACAGCGACGAGCGGAGGGAUCUGAGGUCCUUUCUGGAUUCCCCGCAAUCAAACGGGGAAUUUUCCGACGCAGACGGAAUUGAGAGCCAUAACCUUCACUGGGCUCAAGGGAAAGCUGGUGAAGAUAGAGUUCAUGUUGUCCUAUCAGAGGAACAUGGAUGGCUGUUCGUUGGCAUAUACGACGGGUUCAGUGGACCGGACGCUACAGACUACCUUAUGAGCAAUCUUUAUCCCGCGAUUUACAGGGAGCUUAAGGGGCUGCUUUGGGAUCAGAAGAAGGCGUUCCAGCUCCCGCCGCGGCAUAGGAGACCGACGUCCAAAGUUGAUCACAAUCUGGCGGAGAGAAAGCCGGAAGCUCCAGGCGAGCAGAAGGACGAGGAAAACGAAAACCACGCGACCAGCAACGGGGAUGAUGAUCGUCUGCAGCGGGUAGAUUCUCGUGGAUUAAGUCAGGCUAAAGUGUCUGACCUUGGAGCAGAAAUCCGUAGGUGGGAUGCGCACAAUGGCUCUGUCAACGGGAUUGACGUCAAUGAGCUUGACUGCGAAAGGUUUGGGUGCAAAGCUGGCGAUGGUUGCGGGACUCUGUGUCAGAGGAAUGAAGACGGCGGCACUAAGCCAAAUGGUACAGCUGGUCAAGCAAACGGGCCAGCUGGUGAUCAUCACGCCGCUACAGUUAAGCCGAUCAACAUGCGGUCGCUUAGCACUAGAUUCAGGAAGGUUUACAAUAGGCGGAAGCGGAUGAACCAGCGGCGGAUUCUUCAGUAUAGGUACGAGUGGGAGCAGGAGAGAAUAAAGUCGGAGAAGGAGCGGGAGGAGCAGCGGCAGAGGCUGCAUGGGAGGGGUGCUGUAAAUCACGCUGCGGUCCUCAAGGCGCUGGCGCGGGCCUUGGAGGCCACGGAGGAGUCCUACUUGGACAUGAUCGACGAGAUGUUCGAGGAGAACCCGGAGCUGGCUCUCAUCGGCUCGUGCGUUCUGGUGAUGCUGAUGAAGGACGAGGACGUGUACAUAUUGAACGUUGGGGAUAGUCGCGCUGUUUUAGCACAGCACAGGAAGGCCGUUACUUUUGAGAGCUCGGCAAGGCAGAGGCCCGGAAGCCAGGACCUGGAGCUCGAGAGGAUUGUGGAGGAGACGCCCAUGGAGCUGGCGGCGUUUGAAGCGCACGGCGCGGGCGACGACGCAGCGGGGCCUCCCCCUGUUUCGGCAACGCUGGGCGCGUUGCAGCUUUCUCUCGACCACAGCACACGCGUUCCAGAGGAAGCAGGGAAGAUACGAUCUGCGCAUCCGGAUGAUACGUCGUCGAUUGUGAACGACCGUGUCAAGGGGAAGCUGGCAGUCACUCGAGCGUUUGGCGCUGGGUAUCUCAAACAGCCAAAGUGGAACGAUGCAUUGCUGGAGGUGUUUCGUGUCCAAUUUGUGGGGAGCGCUCCCUACAUAUCGUGCAUACCACAUCUCCACCACCAUAAGCUCUGCCCGCAAGACCAAUUCCUGGUCUUGUCAUCGGACGGGCUUUACCAGUACCUCACCAACGACGAGGUGGUUUCUUACGUGGAAUGGUUCAUGGACAAGUUCCCGGACGGCGACCCCGCCCAGUAUUUGAUCGAGGAGGUUCUCUUCCGCGCAGCCAGAAAGGCCGGUAUGGAGUUCCACGAUUUGCUAGACAUCCCUCAGGGCGAUCGAAGGAAGUACCACGACGAUCUGUCGGUUAUGGUGGUGUCUCUCGAGGGUCGGAUUUGGAGAUCUUCCAGCCGGUGAUGACAAAACUACGCCAAUUUAUUCGGAUGUGGAGAUCUUCCAGCCGGUGAUGACAAAAUACGCCAAUUCAUGCGAGAGAGAACAACCUUCUUUCGCUCCUCGCGGUCAAAUUCGAAAAUAACACUAGAGAAUAUACUUUUAUUUAUCCAAGCGCGCCAAACACCUUCAAAUUUAAAAUUUUAAACUUUUGUU